CUGGAGGCGCUGCGGAUCAGAAACACCCUUCAGCACUCGACUCUGAAUGACAGCGACACAGCAGCGAACGAGGAAGUGUCGGUCAAUAAUAUUGUAAAAUCAAAUUUAGAUCAUUCCCCCGCCACUGAACUCAUAUUUUCAUCCUCUGGAUCUCGGUUGUCAUGGAGACCCCUGAGCCCGGUCAGGCAGAUGGAGAGGAGCGGAUGCUGGAGCUGAGACCCAGGACCCGCUCCAAUCCGGAGGGUGCAGAGGACCGGCGCAGCAGCACCGGCAGCCUGAACAACACCCUGGCGUCACCGCCGCCGCCGCAGCCGGCCGUGGGCAGCCGUGUGGAGGGAGAGGGAGAGGCGGCCAGCACCGACAGUCCUCCGGCUUCAGCCACCGCACCUGCAGCUGUAGCUGCGACGGGAAGCUCUACGGCCAGCAUGCCUGCGAUGAAGGAGAGACCCAAAGCCCCGCAGCCGUCCACGAGCACCCAGACCCCCCCUUCAGCCGAGUUACACCUGCGGGCGCCUCGAGUCAACUGCCCAGAGAAAGUGAUCAUCUGUUUGGACCUUUCAGAGGAGAUGUCUCUACAAAAACUGGAGUCGUUUAAUGGGUCCAAGACGAAUGCCUUAAAUAUUUCACAGAAAAUGAUUGAGAUGUUCGUGAGAACCAAGCACAAGAUCGACAAAAGGCAUGAGUUUGCUCUGGUGGUGGUGAAUGAUGACGCCAUGUGGUUAUCAGGAUUCACGUCUGAUCCGCGAGAGCUGUGCAGCUGUCUGUACGACCUGGAGACCAAUGUCUGCGAGUCCUUCAGUAUCCUUAUUUAGAGAGUUAGGCUUGUUUUUUGUGAAAUCAGGUCGGUCCAGAUACACACUAAUAAGGCAUGCAGAG